GACGCGCGUGCGUACUGUGCUUGCUCCGGUGAUGGGCGCCCUGCGAGUUUGGCGUUGGGUCUCUAGGGUCUGGCGGCCAGGGCUGGGGACCUGCCCACGGCCGAGGGAUGCAGGCUUCGGCACCGAGGCCCGGCAUCGGCCUCAAGGCUCCAGCAAGCGCAAGGAGCAGCCCUUCCCGGGGCUGCAGCGGACAGAGAACCUGGGCCUGGAGGAGCUGACUGACAUACUGAAGGCAGCUGUGGUGGAUCAGAAAGGACCUCUGGUGACACUGAACAAGCCACAGGGUCUGCCUGUGACAGGGAGACCGGGAGAGCUGACAUUGCUGUCUGUGCUGCCACAGCUGAGCCAGGCCCUGGGGCUGGGAAACCAGGAGCUCCAGGUCGUGCGAGCACCUGGGAAGGAGGCUUCUGGGCUUGUGCUCCUCUCCAGUUGUCCCCAGACAGCAAGCCACCUGCAGAAGUUCUUCAACUACUCAAGGAGAGCCCAGAGACCCACAGCCACCUACUGCGCCAUCACCGAUGGCAUCCCUGAGCCUCCUGAGGGGACAGUCCGCGUGCCUCUAAAGCUGGAACACAUGGAUGGCAUUGAUCUUGCAGUUCCAGUGACAUCCCCAUCUCGAAAGGACAUCAUGGAAGGUGUCAAGAAGACCCUCAGCCAUUUCUAUGUGAUGGCCACAGGCUGUGGCUGUGCCCUGGUCCACCUGCAGCCGCUGACAGUCUUCCCCAGUCAGCUGCAGGUGCACAUGGCUCUACAGCUCUGCCCAAUUCUUGGGGACCACACCUAUGCAACUUGUGUGGGCACUGUUCUGGGCCAGCGCUUCCUGUGGCCAGCCAAGACCACCAAGCCCCAGAGACAGGUCCUAGAUGAAGCCCUGCUCAGACAUCUCCACCUGAGUCCUUCCCACGCAGCCCAGAUGCCUUUGCACCUGCACCUGCACCGCCUCCUCCUCCCAGGCACCAGGUCCAGGGACCCCCCCAGUGAACUUCUGGCACCCCUGCCCCCUUACUUCUCUCGGACCCUGCAGUGUCUGAGGCUCUCCCCACAAUAGACUGUCUGACCUCCAGU